CGGCUCCCGGGGGUCGAGGGGGCCCGGGAGGAGGUGGCGGGAGGGGGGCCGGCACUUGGCCCAGGAUGGCGGGGAGGGGCCGGACCCGGCGUCCGCCGCCCGCAUCCUGGCCCUGGCCCCGCUCCGCCGCUCCUCAGGCCGCGCCGCCUCCCGAGCCCCUGCCCCGGCCCGGGGACGGCUGACCGGGCCCGGCCCGCGGCGGGGAGGGGGCCGCGCGGUCUCAGCCCGCCGGAGGGGAGGGGCGACGCUUUCUGUCGGCGGAGCUGAAGGGGUUUAAAGGGCGGCUCUUAAAGGGGCCGCAGAGGGGCCCGGGCCGAGGAGGCACCCCCUCCCCAUCCGCCCUUCGCGGUGCCACCCGGGGCCGCCGGGCGGAGGGGAGAAGGCGGGGGAAGGAAACAGUCGGGGCGGCGCGGGGCCGAGCCCCUGCGAGUGCGGGGCCCGCGGUGGCGGGCGGGGGUCGGCUGUGGGUGUGGUGCGCGCUGGCCGGCGGGGCUGGGGGAGGGGACGGCCUGGAAGGAAGGGGUUAACGGUGCGGCCAGCCCUCCGAACGGGCGCACACGCUCCGCACUCGGUCCGGGGCGCACGCGUCUCCCUGGCACCUAAUGGCGGGGGAAGGGGUGGGGGAGGGCGGUAUGGGGUCCCGGGCCUGCGCCCCUGCCACCCCAGGUCCUGCUGCAGGGCUACGGGGGGUCGCGAACCCCACUGUCUGCACUCACACCUCCGGAGCCCUCUCUCCUGCACACACACGGGCUCCGGCGCGCGCACACACCUCGGACAUUCCCAUAGUCCCUCACGUGACCCAAACGUGCCCACCCGCACACACGCUCACGCACGCGUGCACACACGCGCGCACACACACACGCGCACACACACAAACACACACGGCCGCUUGGCGGCUCCAUCCUGACCCCCGCGCGCAGCCCCGCUCGGGCGCUCGCGGAGUGUAACGCACCUACACUCAUUCACAGACACACACGGCCCACACAUGCCAACUGCAGACACAUUCAUAAACAGGCCGGGAGCAGCGCGCGCACCCCCGCGCCCAGCCCACUCUUUCGGGAGCCCUGAGUCAUUCCUGCCCCCUCCCAGGGCUCCCCAUGUCGCCGUGUGCGCGCCCCCAGGGCGGGCUGGGGGACUCGGGCAGCCCUCUCCAGCGGGGCCGGGCCCUCUCCCAGCCCCCUGCCCCUCUGCGCAUCCUGACGCUCUUCCAGGACUUCCUGUGGGUCCCAGGUCAGGGGUGAGGAGGGCCUGGAGGGUGGCCAUGGCCGCGGAGAGUGGGGGAGGCAUUUCCUUUUCCUGAACUCUGGGAUCCUGCAGGAGGAAGCUGGGGAGUUGGGCGGGGGCCCAGCAGAGGAAGUGCUGACAGUGGUGGGGCUGACCCUCCCAGGAGCACUGAGCCUUCCUUAGAGACGAGCCAGGGGUGCCAGAGGCCGGGGAUGAGGGGCUUGGCAGAGAGGUAUUUGGGGGAAAUGAGGCCUGGGGUGGAGAAGGGGCUGAGGCGAGUCAAGGCCGGCCCCCCUGUGGGCCCCAUGCUGAGAAGGCAGCGCUCUCCAGUUCACUGGGUUCCAAAAGGAGCUCAUCCCUGUUGCUAGACUGGCUUAUGUGCCCCAACUUGUCAUCUCCCCCUUGCUUCCCACCCCCAAGUCUUCACCUGGUCCCAGCCCCUCGCCCCAGCCGAUGCAGGGAAGGGAUGAUGGGGCUUGGUGGUCUGGAAGCGGGCUGUGGGAGAUGGUGGGGCAGGACCUGGCUGCCUCUCAGCUGGUCACAGGGCUCCUCAGGCCAAGACUAGGGGUGUCAGGGGACAAGCUUCAGGCCGCCCCCUCCACCAUGUCUCCUGCUUUCCCAGGAGGCCCAAGGGGUGCUGCAGCCCAGGCCCUCGCCAUGGAGUCCAUGUUUGAGGAUGACAUCAGUAUCCUGACCCAGGAAGCCCUGGGCCCCAGUGAGGUGUGGCUGGACGCUCCUGGAGACCCAUCGCUGGGGGGAGACAUGUGCUCUGCCUCCCACUUUGCCCUCAUCACGGCCUAUGGAGAUAUCAAGGAGCGUCUGGGGGGCCUGGAGAGGGAGAAUGCCACCCUUCGGCACCGCCUCAAAGUUUAUGAGAUCAAGUACCCUCUGAUCAAUAACUUCGGAGAGGAGCACGGCUUCUCUCUGUAUGAAAUCAAGGAUGGCUCCCUGUUGGAGGUGGAGAAGGUCAGCCUACAGCAACGGCUCAACCAGUUCCAGCAUGAGUUGCAGAAGAAUAAGGAGCAGGAAGAACAGCUCGGGGAGAUGAUCCAGGCUUACGAGAAACUCUGUGUGGAGAAGAGCGACCUGGAGACAGAGCUUGGGGAGAUGCGGGCCCUGGUGGAGACCCACUUGCGGCAGAUCUGUGGUUUGGAGCAGCAACUGCAGCAGCAACAAGGCCUCCAGGACACAGCGUUCUCCAGCCUGAGCCCCCCGCCGGCCCCGCCCUGUGCUGAUCUGGACCUGCACUACCUGACCCUGAGGGGGGGAUCUGGCUUGAGUCACGCAGGCUGGCCAGGCCCCGCGCCGAGUGUGAGUGAGCUGGAGCGGAGGCGCCUGGAAGAGGCCCUGGAGGCUGCCCAGGGCGAAGCCCGGGGGGCUCAGCUCCGGGAAGAGCAGCUCCAGGCCGAGUGCGAGCGGCUGCAGGAGGAGCUGAAGCAGCUGCAGGAGACCCGGGCCCAGGAUCUGGCCUCCAACCAGUCGGAGCGGGAGAUGGCGUGGGUGAAGAGAGUCGGAGAUGAUCAGGUGAACCUGGCGCUGGCGUACACGGAGCUGACGGAGGAGCUGGGCCGGCUGCGGGAGCUGAGUUCUCUGCAGGGGCGGAUCCUGAGGACGCUGCUGCAGGAGCAGACGCGGAGCGGCGGCCAGAGGCACUCGCCGCUGUCGCAGCGCCACUCCCCGGCGCCCCAGUGCCCCUCGCCCUCCCCGCCGGCGCGAGCGGCGCCCCCGUGCCCCCCGUGCCAGUCCCCCGCCCCCCAGCGCCGCUCCCCAGGCCCCCCGUGCCCCUCGCCCCAGCAGCGCCGCUCGCCGGCCUCGCCCUCCUGCCCCUCGCCCGUCCCGCAGCGCCGCUCGCCGGUGCCGCCGCCGCCGUGCCAGUCGCCCAGCCCGCAGCGCCGCUCCCCGGGGCCCCCCGCCGGCCCGGCCCCGCCGCCCCGGCCGCCGCCGCCCCUCCCGCCGCCCGGGGAGCGCGCCUACGCCAAGCCGCCCAGCCAGCUCGCCAAGGCCGGCUUCCAGGGCCGCCGCAGCUACUCGGAGCGGGCCGAGGGCGCGGGCUACGCGGGCGCCCCCCCGCCCUGGCUGCAGGCCGAGGCCGCCACGCUGCCCAAGCCGCGCGCCUACGGCGCCGCCGAGCUCUACGGCCCCGGCCGGCCGCUCAGCCCGCGGCGCGCCUUCGAGGGCCUCCGCCUGCGCUUCGAGAAGCAGCCGUCGGAGGAGGAGGAGUGGUCCGUGCCGCCCAGCCCGCCCAGCCCCGAGGCGGGCGCCAUCCGCUGCUCCUCCUUCUGCGCCGGCUUCCCCGUCCCCGAGUCGCCGGCAGCCGCGGCCUAUGCCCACGCCGAGCACGCGCAGUCCUGGCCGUCCAUCAACCUGCUGAUGGAGACAGUGGGCUCUGACAUCCGCAGCUGCCCCCUCUGCCAGCUGGGUUUCCCUGUCGGGUAUCCGGAUGACGCCCUCAUCAAACACAUUGACUCCCACCUGGAGAACAGCAAGAUCUAGGGUGCCUCCCCCACCCACUGGCUGUUUCCCUGCCCUCUCCCAUCACCCCCAAGCACUCACUCACUUUGAAUGCUGCAUGAAUCUUGUGGGGGGCCCCUGCCCCUCGCGACCCCCAGAUACCUCCACUAGCUACCAAGUCAACGUGUGUGCCAUCUUCCCUGGUCCAGGCACCACUCAGCCCUGGGUCUUCCCAGGAGGUCAGUCAAGGCUCUCCCCAGCUCCCUCGCUUCCAAGGGGAGAUGGGGAUCCAGGCUGGGACAGGGAGGGGGGACCCUACCCAGCCUCUCCCUCUGCCUUUCUGUUCUCAAACACAGUCGGGUCCCAGGAGAUGGCUAGUGGUUGGGCCUGGGGGAGAGGGAGGGUAUCAAAGGACUCCAGGAGCUCCCUCAGCCCCUCCCCAGACAUCCAUCUUUCUCAGGCCGUGCUCUGCCCGAGGAACACAGCCUGAGUGGGGUUCCAGAGCCUGCCCUGUGCACUGACACCAGUUCCUCCAUCCCAUGGCCAGCUCAGGGCAGGUGGCCUGGGCCCCUUUUGGGGGAAGGAGACACUUUGAUUCUUGCCACUCUCUGCAGGCCAGUCCUGUUCUCCCCCUCUGCCCACCCUGGGGAACAGGGAGGGUGGGAGAGCAGAGGAAGGACCCUGAAGGACUGGAAGGAUCCAGCCUAAAGAGGCUGCCCUAUGGGCCAGGGGUCCCUGCACCAUGACCCUCAGGCCAGGGGACUGUCUGUGCCAGCCUUCGAGGCCCGUGCGCUCCCCCUGGAGCCCCCAGCACCGAGGCACAGAUGCUUAUGACAGCUGCUCCCCUCCCCUCUUACCCCCCUCGAGCCCUGGCACCACAGGUACCCAGGAUCCCGUGUGUGACUCAGGCUCUGUUAGCUGGGUGGGUGUCAUCAGCCCUGCCUCCCAAGCCAGAACCUGAGGAUGGGCCCAGGGUGCUGUGGAGAUCAAAUUCAAAAGAGCUAACCCCUUUCCCACACCCCAGUGACCCACAUUCCCUCUGUGAAAUCUACCUCAGAGUCGUACCCUCAGAAGGACGGGUAAGCAGGAGGCCAGGGGGUCCCGGGGCUGAGGUGGGGAGCUUCCUACAGCAAGAGCCUGCCACCCACGAUGAAUCCACCCCCCGCUGCCAGCCUCCCCUGGGUCUCAGCCCCAGGCCCGUGGCAGCGGACGCUACUGUCAGUGCAUGUACCAUUCUGAUCCAACUCUUCCAGGCCCCUCCCUCCUCACACGUCUCCCCUCCCCCUCAGCGUGGGGGAGUGAAGGGGUGUGUCAGGCGGGAAAGGGGCCAAGGACUCCAGAGAUGGCAUUGUACCUUGAGUGUUCCUCCAGGGAGGGGAAGUGGGGACGGGGAAUGCAGAGGGGAGGUGGGGGCCCCCGAGCCCUCUGAACAAGUUGAAAGUCCAAAUAAAACUUACCUGUUCCA